UUAGAAUCGCUGAUUGAUAAUAACUUUUCCUUUCACUUUUGCCGAUAAUUGGCAUGCUUCGUGGCAAAUUUUAACCUUCUAUUCGAACCAUAUGAGACUGUAUUCGACAUUGCAUAGAUUAGCAUCUUUGAAUAUCAAUAACAUCUUUAAAAAACAGUUAAAUAGGUGCAAUUUUGUAACAACCAGAACACUUUACAUCAGCCCUUAUUUAGAGCAGUGGGGUAAGAAUAAGAAGCACAGAAACGUUAAAUUAAAUUUAUAUUUCGACGCUAUGGGUGAUCCUCAAAUCGAAACAGUUCUAGCCCCUUUAAGAGCCAGCGUUAAAGAACAGGGUGAUAAAGUACGUCAAUUAAAAGCAGACGGAGCACCGGAUAUAGAUGUAAAAAAAGCAGUAGCCGAAUUGAAAGCAAGGAAAAAAAUUCUGGAAGAUAAAGAACUGAGUUUAGCCCCAAAUGUAACUUUCGAUCGGGCUAAGAUGGAAGAUCUGCUCAAAAGACGGUUCUUUUUCGAUCAAAGUUUCGCUAUUUACGGAGGCAUAACUGGUCAAUUUGAUUUCGGACCCAUGGGAUGCGCUUUCAAAUCCAAUUUACUGCAAACGUGGAGGCAGUUUUUUGUUUUAGAAGAACAGAUGUUAGAAGUGGAUUGUUCUAUUUUAACUCCUGAACCAGUUCUCAAAGCCUCAGGACAUGUAGAUAGAUUUGCUGAUCUUAUGGUUAAAGAUGUGAAAACAGGAGAAUGCUUUCGAUUAGAUCAUUUGAUAAAAUCUCAUUUAGAAAAAAUAGCAAUGGAUAAAAAAGCUACCCAAGAAACUAAGGACGAAUGUCAAGAUAUAGUUAUUAAGUUAGAUGGUAUGAAUAAGUCUGAAAUGGCUGCAGUGAUGCAAAAAUUCAGUAUGAAAAGUCCUCUUACUGGAAACGAAUUAACUGAACCAAUUGAAUUUAAUCUCAUGUUUGCUACACAAAUAGGACCUUCAGGACUUAUUAAAGGAUUUUUAAGACCUGAAACAGCUCAGGGUAUUUUCGUAAACUUCAAACGUCUUUUAGAAUUCAAUCAAGGAAAAUUACCUUUUGCAGCCGCCCAAAUAGGUAAUGCAUUUAGGAAUGAAAUUUCGCCCAGAUCCGGUUUGAUUAGAGUUAGAGAGUUCACGAUGGCUGAAAUAGAGCAUUUUUGCGACCCGAAUGAUAAAAGACAUCCUAAAUUUGAAAAUGCUAGGGAUACGCAACUUUUGUUGUAUUCGGCUUGCAAUCAAAUGGAUGGCAAAGCAGCUGAAAGGAUCACGAUUGGUACAGCUGUGGAUUCAGGAUUGGUUGCCAACGAAACUUUGGGAUAUUUCAUGGCUAGAAUACAACAAUUUUUGGUUAAAUCCGGAGUCGAUCCAGCUAGGUUGAGAUUCAGGCAACACAUGGCGAACGAAAUGGCCCAUUACGCGUGCGAUUGUUGGGAUGCAGAGUGUCUUACCAGUUACGGUUGGAUCGAAUGUGUGGGAUGUGCCGACCGAUCGGCGUACGAUCUUACUCAGCACACGAAUGCCACUGGAGUUCGAUUGGCUGCAGAAAAAAAACUCGCUGAACCGAAAAUCGAAGACGUCGUCGAAGCGCAAGCCAAUAAGGGAUUGUUGGGUAAAACGUUCAAAAAAGACGCCAAAACCAUCACGGACGCUUUAGCUGCUUUAAAUAUUAACGAUUUAGUGGAAUUAGAGAAGAAAUUGGAUAACGAAGGAUCUUAUGAUUUGUCCAUUGGAGAUCAAAAAUUCAACCUUUCUAAAGAUAUGGUUUCUGUUAAGAAGUAUCAGAACACGCUGCAUGUUGAAGAAAUCAUUCCCAGCGUCGUUGAACCAUCUUUUGGUGUCGGUCGCGUAAUGUACGCCAUCUUUGAGCACAAUUUCAAACAACGAGAAAACGACGAACAAAGGACUUACCUUUCUCUGCCAGCCAUUGUUGCACCUUUAAAAUGUAGCGUUCUUCCACUGAGUUCGAACCAGGAGUUCGUACCGUUCAUUAGGAAAAUCUCUACCGGAUUGACCAAAGUUGAUGUUUCUCAUAAAGUAGAUGAUAGUUCUGGAUCGAUAGGAAGAAGAUAUGCAAGGACAGACGAAAUUGCUAUACCGUACGGUAUUACCAUUGAUUUUGAUACGUUGAAGGAACCAAAUACUGUCACUUUGAGGGAAAGAGAUUCUAUGGGACAAGUUAGAAUACCGGUUGAAGACAUUGCUACGGUAGUACACAAUUUGUCGUACAGCAAACAGACCUGGAACAACAUAGAAAGCAAGUAUCCGAAAUUCGAACAGCAAGAAACCAAAGCUGUUUAGAAUGUCGAAGUGUAAAUAAUUUGCUGACAAAGGAUUAACAUUAUGAUUAAAAAGCUUCGAGAAUAUUUGUAAUUUAUUUCACAUUUUUAUUACAUUGAGAAUUAAGAAAUUGACA